UUUAUAAAUACCACUUAAAUAAUAAAUACCAAGUACUUUGAAAUACUAUUUACCAAAGUAGAACAGUCGAAUUCCUUUGCUCAGUGUAAUUUUUUUAUACUUUUGCCGCAAUUUUCGUAAUUUUUGAUUUCAGUGAGGAAUAUUUCCAAUACGGGAUUUAAACCAUUUCAUAUUAACAUAUUUUUAUUAUCGUACUCUAUAGAAUUUUGAAUUACAUACAAUAAUAUUUAUCUGUUAAUUAGGUACCGAAGUAUUCACGUAUGCACUUAUGCGAGCCAAUCCUCAAUUUUAAACUAAAAUUUAAGAAAAAAAUUGAAUAAAAAUAUAAUCACAAGGAACACAAACAUGGAUAGUGACGAUGAUACCUUCUUAGUUAUAGUCGGUGAUGCUAUCGAUAAAUCAACAGUCCCGUCUAGAAAAAGCAUAGAAGUUCUUACCAAGGACGACAAAUUUCAGGACAUUGAACAUGUGUACUUGGAUAACGAUGAAGGUUCUACUCAGGAAGAACAAGAGGUAGAGGAAAAUGUUAGUAUAAAGGAUGAGUUAUCUACCAAUAAAGAUAGUGAUCAGGAUUUUUCACCUGAAGAUGAGGUACCUGUUAUUUAUUUGGAUAAAAAAUUCCCAAAAAAAAGGCCACAUAUGGUCAAACAGGAUAAAAGACACUCUUAUAUAAAAAGUAUACAGUCAGUUUAUCCAGAGUUAAGAAACGAUAAAAAGUUGCUUAUAAAGAGUUUAGUGGCGAUCAUGCAGGAGACCAAACCACCACCUCUACCCACUGACUUUUAUAUGAUGGAUGGCAUUAUGUUACAGUGCACAACAUGUGACCACCAGUCUGUGUCGAUACCAGCAGCGGAACGGCACUACCACGAGAAACAUGGCGAGAGAUACCUAUACUGUCUAGCUUGCGGUGUAAACUUCCGUAGUAAAACAAACCUUUACAAACACGAGAAGAGGUGCAACUCACCGGAUGCGCAGAUAGUUCUAAAGGCUCGCGCGAAAUAUCUCGGAGGCCGGGGCCGCUCAAGACCAUUUCUGUCCAAGGGCUCGAAGAAGCAAAAGCCGCCCAAGAAAUACGAUUGUACGCAGUGCUCAGCUAGCUUUGUGUCGAGCGCCAGUCUUAAGGCACAUCAGCACAUGCACGCCGGCACGCGGCCGUACAUGUGCAAAAUCUGCUUCCGACGCUACACGGGCAGUGUCACGCUAUUAAGACACAUGAAAACGCACAAUGCACGCUACGAGUGCGACCACUGCCAGCGGAGUUUCAACAUCAAAGCGGCCAUCGUCGCGCACAUGAACACGCAUAACCCGUUGAAGCGGUUCGCGUGCAAUGAGUGCGAUCGGCGCUUUUCACAGCUCAUGAACCUUCGACUGCACAUAAACCGCGACCACAGAGGCCUUCCACCGCCCUUCGCCUGCCGGCUCUGCCCAAAAAGGUACCCGCGGAUGUCAAUCUUGAAGGCCCAUAUGAUGAAGGUACACGGGCUUCAACUUAUGACACGAAAGAUGUUCUACAAAGCAUUGCCGACGAUGCCCAACGAGCAGGUUCGCCUAGCCAAGCUCGUGAUGAAAAGCGAACUGCUUGAAGACCCGGCUUACUACUUUAUAAAGAACUCCGACAUCAUUUAAUUAACGUAUUUGAUAGGUAUUUACUAUUUUAUAUUUAAGACCAAUUGCUUGCUCAUAAUACAAAUAGAUUGAUUUUUUUUUCUUUUUUUUUUCUUUCAUAUUACAAGUUGACUGCAAUCUCACAUGGUGGUAAGUGAUGAUGCAGUCUAAGAUGGUAGCGGGUUAACCUGUUGGGGAAUAUGGUAGUUUUUGACGUGGUGGAAAAGAUUCGCUACCUCUCGAUCCUUGGGCAGGACGGAGGUUAUGUGGGACUUCCCCCUCUAAAGGGGUAUCCCUUUAGAGGGGGGACUGUACUGGAGAUUUUCUUUAUUUUAUAUUAUCUGCAUACGCUGUGCAUACCUUCUAAACACGCCACUGCUCGUCUUUCCUUUUCAGUCUGAUCUAAAGUAAAAGAUCGAGUACAUUCCCAAUAUUGUGCAUAAUUAUGUAAUAUUUUGCUACUAACUAAUAUUAUAAAUGCGUGUGUUUGUUUGUCUUUACUUUGCCCACUAACUUAGCAACCAAUUAAGAUGAUUUUUGGCAUAGAGUUAGUUGAAAGGAAAAAUUUAGUUUUUAUUUCUAAAAAAACGUGUAUUAAUUACCUUUCUAUAAAUAGUUUAUGCAAAUUAGUGUAUAAUUUAUUAAAUAUAAUUUUAUGUGAGUUUACAAUUAAGUUAUACUAAGCCCAUACGUUUAGCGCUUGCGGAAAAUAUGUGAUAAGGCUGCCCAUGCAUACAGCCUUUGUCAGUUUUAUAAGUUGUUUAUGUUUGUAUGUCAAAUUUAAAGGCCUAAGAAAGACAUUUUUGAUGUAAUUAUAUAUUAAUAUUAUAAUAAGAUUCACAAUUAAACGUUAUUUAAUGAGGGAAAAUUUCAACGAAUAAUAUUUUGUGGCUGGUUUGUUACCUAAUUAAUGGCCGUUCGUUUUAGAUAGAUGAAAUUAUACUGUUGAUUAAACAAAUUGACAGUGCGUGAUUUGUUGUCAUUUAAAUUCAGCCUUAGUACAGGAUUUCGAGUAAAAGAAUUG